AUGUCGAAAAAUUGUUUUAAAUGCAGGGAAGAAAUAACAAAACGAGACUUUAUUGAAUGUCCCAAAUGUAAGAAUUUCUUUCACUUAGACUGCACAAGUAUAGGAGAAAAAUUUUUCUUCUUACUAGAUGUCGAAAAAAGAAAAAAAUGCCUAUGCGAUUAUUGUAAAUACCAAAAACUGCCAAAUUUUGAUCAACUAAAUAUAAAUAUACCUACAACUAACUCCUUUGAUGUACUAGACGUGGAUGAUGAGUACGCAGAAUUUGUAACCUUUCGUCAGAAAAAUAAAAAACUACCUGAAUCACUACCAGAUUUUUCAGACUCAUUUAUGUCUACUAAUACACACUCUCGUUCAUUAAAUUUACAAAAAACCUCUCGCAGUCUACCAGAUGACGACUUAAGAGACUGCUUGAUGAUACAAGAGUUAAAAGAAGAAGUUUUAAGACUACGAACAGAACUAAUCAUAGCAAACAAAGAGGUAGAUAAUUUAAAUAUUACGAUUAGGAAACUUAACAAAAAAAUUUUAGAACAAGAAAAAAUUAUAAAAAUUUACAAAACUGUUAGUAUCGAUGACGUAAAAUUGAGAAAACCAGCUAAUAAUUCAUAUAACUCAACGCCUUUAAGUAAACCCAAAAAACAAAAAACAAAAAGUUUCAAGCCUGAUACACGCCAUAGUUCCGGAUGUGUUGAACAAAUAAAGCUUAAAGAAACAUUGCCUGCUACUCAACCUGAAAAAAUUGUGAACGAUAGAAGCCGUUUUUACGCCGAAUCUCUAGCCUCAAAAACUAAGACUAGUGAAGGAACUUGCAAGUACUCUCCGAAUAGGAAACUGUGCAUCAUCAGCAGCAUUCGCAGCAAUAAAAUGGCAGCCACACUAAGAAACCACUUCGAGACGCAAAACAUCUGCCACUACCGCAUAACAGGAGGUGGUAUUAACCAACUAUUAAGUGGUCUACAAACAAAACUUGAAGAUUACACCCUUAAUGACUAUUGUAUUUUGAUUGUAGGUGAAACUGAUUUUAAUGUUUCCAAAAAUUAUAAUGAAUUAGUUUUGAAUAUAAGAAAAGCCCUUUUAACCGUUCAGCACACAAAUAUUUUGAUAUGCCUGCCCACUUUUAAAUUUUGUAACCAAUCAAAUAUAUAUAAUAGAAGAAUUGAAACCUUUAAUAACUUAUUAUACUCUGAUAAUAUUAAUUUUGAAUACUGUUACAUUUUAGACUCAAAUAAAAAUUUAGAGUAUUCCACUCAUAUGUUCUCAAUAUAUAAUGGAAAAUUAAAUAAACUCGGAUUAAAGACCUAUUUGCACGACAUUGACGAAUUCAUAACAAUAUUUGACGAUCUAACAUUCAGUGAAAAUCGACGAAUGGAAAAUAUCUCUAAUCUGGAAGUAAUAACGUGUCAAGAAAAUAGAACUGACUCACAGAAGUCUUCCUUUCGCCCCUAA